AUGGUGUGUUUCUUAGAUCUUUUCGUAUUAUGGGCAUUAGUAAUGGUUAUUACGGGUGCAAGCGUUUAUCCAUUUUUUCGUGAUAGCUAUACUUCGAAAUAUGGAUCUUUUACACCGGAAGAAUUACUGGAGGCGAAAAAAGCAACGCGAGAAAUGUUCUAUUUUGCAUAUGAAAAUUAUAUCCGGCAUGCUUUUCCUAUGGAUGAAUUGGAUCCAAUUAAUUGUUCCGGUCGUGGCUAUGACCAUCUUCAUCCAUCCAAUAUCAAUAUUAACGAUGUUCUUGGCGAUUAUUCACUUUCUUUGAUUGAGUCGUUGGAUACUCUGGUUGUUUUUGGGAAUCGAACUGAAUUCCAUAAUGCUAUUAGAAUGGUGAUCGAUAACGUUUCUUUUGAGAGAAACGUUACAGUACAAGUGUUUGAGGCGACGAUUAGGAUAAUCGGAUCUCUUUUGUCAGCUCAUCUGAUCCUUACUGAUGAUUCCCAUAUGUUAGGUAAUUAUGCUCUAAGUGAUUAUGAUGGAGAAUUACUUACAAUGGCACAUGAUUUGGCUAUUCGUCUGUUACCAGCUUUUGAAGGCACUAAAACCGGGAUACCAUUUCCACGGGUAAAUUUGCAAAGUGGAGUGAAGGAAGGAACGAUUAACGAAAAUUGUGUUGCUGGAGCUGGAAGUUUAUUACUGGAAUUUACAGUUCUCUCACGUCUUUUGGGUGAUGCUACAUAUGAAAGCUUGGCGCGCAAGACCAAUCGAAAGUUGUGGUCUUUGAGAAAUAAAGUAACUGGUUUGUUGGGCAAUGUCGUAAACAUCCAAACAGGCGAAUGGAAAGGUGUAAUUAGUGGACUUGGUGCUGGCCUUGAUUCGUUUUAUGAGUAUUUGCUUAAAGCUUUCGUUCUUUUCGGUGUUGAGACGGACUUGAGGAUGUUCCAGGAAGCGUAUGCGCUCAUAAUAAGUCAAUUACGACGUGGCCGUGAUCGUUGCGUUUUAGGUGAGGGAGAAACGCCAAUGUAUGUAAACGUUGAUAUGCGAGAUGGUUCACUACUAAAUACCUGGAUAGAUGCUUUACAAGCUAGUUUUGCUGCUGUUCAAGUAUUAAAUGGUGAUAUUGAUGAAGCAGUUUGCAUUCAUGCCAUAUAUUAUUCAUUGUGGAAGCGAUAUGAUGCUCUUCCUGAACGAUACAACUGGCAUUUAAAGAUACCUGAUGUAUAUUUUUAUCCGUUAAGACCAGAACUGGCUGAAUCAACUUAUAUGUUGUAUCGUGCUACACAAAAUCCCUUUUAUCUUCGUGUUGGUUUUGACAUUCUUCAAUCUCUUAACACGUUUGCAAAAGUGAAAUGUGGUUAUGCUACCGUGCACAAUGUUGUCGAUAAAUCGUUAGAGGAUCGGAUGGAAUCGUUUUUCCUUUCUGAAACUGUGAAAUAUCUAUAUUUGUUGUUCGAUAUAAACAAUGCAGUGAAUCGUAAUGAAGAACGUAUCAUGUUUACAACUGAAGGUCAUAUAAUACCCAUCGACAACCGUAUAAGGGAUCCAAUUUACGAUGCUCCUCAGUAUUUUUCUCGUAAUCAUUCCUGUACUGCGUUUAAACUUGAUCGACAUCGACCACCAUUGGAUCAGUCUCGUCUUGCUCAAAUAUUCCGUUUAGCUGGCAUUAGUUUAGGUUUCUCAGGGUGA